AUGAGUGAUCUCGUCAAAUUUUCCACGCCAACAAAAAUAAAUGAUAAAGCUUUAGUGGCAGUUGACACUUAUAAGAAUACUUUCCAAAAACAAAUAAAGAACGAGCAAAAUGGAAUUUUGUUGAGACCAUCUUUUGGUACCGAAGGUGUUCCCACCGUUGUAGGAGUCAAUUAUUUCAAAUAUAAUGUUAAUGGAUUGAAAUUAUAUUCCUAUCGUGUAGAUUUAUUGGAAAAUCCUAACGUUAAAACCAGAUUAACUAUCAAAACUGCAGUUGAGAAAUAUUUAAUGGAAUUGGAACCAUUUAAAAGUAAAAAAGCUAUUAUUUAUUACCGUGAUCAUAAUCAUCUUUAUUCAAGAAUGCCGCUUCCUAUUGAAGACGUUGUUAUUUAUCCUCUUGAACUUGGUGGUGAUCCUAAAAGAGAAAAGAAAAUUGUUGAAUUAAAAAUCCAAUUUAUUAAACAAUUGAAUUUUUCUGAUUUGCUUAAUUAUACUCGAUUGAAAAAUUAUACUCCUGAUUUUUUGGAAACUGUUGAAUAUACUAACGCGUUAGUUGCAGUUAUGGGAUCACAAGUGAUGAAAAAUACUAAUGUUGUUGGUCUUGGUCCCAAUAAGUUUUUUUUGAUUGAUGGGGCCACGAAAACUACUGAAUUGGAUAAAGGGUUAUAUAUUGUAAUGGGGACGUUUGCUUCCGUUAGAUGUUCCUUUGACGAUGUUAGAAUUAAUUUAAACCCCACCCCAGCUAUUUUUUAUAAAUCAUCAAAACCAAAUGGUGAACCAAUGAAUGUUUUGGAUUUAAUUCAAGAAUUUUUAAAGAUUAGAAAUGUCCCUACUGAAAAAGAUAUUAAAAGAGCUCAAUCAUUUAUUAAGGGUUGUAAAAUCUAUCGUACUUAUCUUAAUCGUAAAACUGCUAAAGCUAUUCUUGGAUUUGAUUUCACCAACAAUUCCGAAACAUUAAAAUUCAAAGAUGCUAAUGAUAAAUUGGUUAGUGUUAAACAAUAUUUCAUUGAAAGAUGGAAUAUUAGAUUGAAAUAUCCAAAGUUACCAUUGAUUAAAAUUGGUCCUGAUGCAUUUUUACCUAUGGAAUUAGGAAUCAUUGCUCCUCAUCAACAAUACAAGGGGGAAUUAGCUGAUCCAGCAAAGAUUAUUAAAAUCACUGCUACCAGACCUAAUCAAAAGGCCGAAUUGAUUAGUAAAACCAAUAGAAAUUUGUUUCAGAAACAAGUUGAUUUUGGUAGUAUUGAAUCACAAUUCACCGUAGUUCCUGCCAGAGUUUUAAAUGCACCCACUAUUGAAUAUGCUAAUAAUCAAAUGGUUACUUAUAAACCCGCACCUUUUAAUGGCAGAUCUGAAAAGCAAAAGGGGAAUUGGAAUCUUGAAAGAUAUCGAUUUGUUGAUGCGGCAAAAAUCACCAAACCAAUGGGGAAACCAUUCAAUUUUGGUGUAGUUAUUUUAAAAGAUGACUAUGUUGCUAAACGUAUUGGUGAUUUACAAAAAGCCGUCCCCGCAUUAUUAGCAGAACUUUCUCGAUUAGGUAUUAAAGUUGGUAAAAAUUUCCAAAAAUAUUCUGUUGAUUUAAAUCAUGCCACGGUUAAAUCUCCAUCCGGAUUAGAAUCUAAUUUAAUUUCCAUUGCCAAAAAGGCUAAAACAGUUGAUCAUUGCCAUUAUUUAUUAUUUAUCUUACCAAGACAAGAUACUCAAUUAUAUUCAGCUAUUAAAAGAGCUUGUGAUCUUAAAAUUGGGAUUCUUAACAGUUGUUCAGUUUUAAAUACUUUUACUAAAAAAAGACGGGGGUCCGAUAAUUUCGAUACUAUGACAUAUGCCCAAAUGGCCAUGAAAAUUAAUAUUAAAUUAGGGGGGUCAAAUCAUAAAUUAUCUAAAAAAGAUAGUCAAGGAUUAUUUGAUAAAAAUAAUGUUCCAAUUUUCAUUCUUGGAGCUGAUGUUACUCAUCCAACUGGUGAAAUCAAUUCCGAAUCAGUUUCUAUUGCGUCUAUAGUUGGUAGUGAAGAUGGAAUUUUUAAUAAAUUCCCGGGAUCAGUUAGAAUUCAAACUGGUGGACAAGAAGUUAUUGCUGAUGUUAAAAGUAUGGUUUUAGAAAGAUUAGAAAAUUUCCAUAAAAAAGUCGGCAAAUUACCAAGUAAGGUAUUAUUUUAUCGUGAUGGAGUAUCUGAGGGGCAAUAUACCACGAUUUUAAAAGAAGAAUUAACAAAAAUUAAAGCAGCUUUUAUUGAAUAUGGUAAAUUGAAAAAUAUACCAAAAUAUUCUCCAACAAUUACAUUUAUGAUCGUUGUUAAAAGACAUCAUACAAGAUUUAUUCCUAUUCAUGAUAAUGGUGAUGAUCCUAAAACUAAAAAACAAAUUGCUGUUACUAGUAAUGAAAAUGUAAUUCCUGGUACUACUGUUGAUAGAGAAAUCACUUCUCCUGCUUAUUUUGAUUUUUAUGUUCAAUCUCAACAAUCUUUACAAGGUACUGGUAUUCCAGCUCAUUAUUUUGUUUUACAUGAUGAAAAUAAUUAUACUUCAGAUGCUAUUCAAAAAAUUACUUAUGAUUUAUGUCAUACUUUUAGUAGAGCUACUAAAUCAGUUAAAGUUGUCCCUGCAGCUUAUUAUGCUGAUUUAUUAUGUACAAGAGGAAGAGAUUAUAUUUAUGGUUUUGUUAAAGAUCCAAAUUUAUCUGGUACUCCUAUUGAAAGAGCAAGAACUAAAUUUGGUGAAAAUGUUAAUCCAAGUGUUCGUAACACAAUGUUUUACAUUUAG